CAAAGCGUACAUUGCCGAUUCAACAGUUUUAAAGGAGAACGUGUUUGGAAUAUUGGAAAAGGGCCCACGAUGUCAGACCGGUACUAUCGCCUGGUGACCAUGCUCCUUGACAUUAGUCUCCCAGCUCUGAGGGAUCUGUUUGUACAUUGUGCCCAGAAUGACACAAAUGUUACAUUCACCACACUUGAGGGAUACAUGAACAGCCGUAAGAAUGUGGUCGAUGCAUUAGUCAGAUCAAGAGUACUUCGUAAAGAUCAAUACAAUAUUGUAUUUCCCACAUCGGGAACGUUUGACGAAACCAAGUGGGACAUGUCCUUAUUGUCAUCACUUCUCAUAAGCAUGUUCGGACAGACAACAGCUCCUGUGAAAAAUGAAAUACAGCUCAUAAGAGAUAUGCGGAAUAAACUAUCACACAGGUCAGACACAAACAUGAUAGAAUCUGAAUACAACACUUUAUGGACAGAUAUUGAUGUUUCGACCAUCGCAGUUAUUGCUUUUUUCAAGAGUUCAAAAGACGAACAGAAUGUGCGAAAGGAUAUUAAGAGUCUUAAAACUCGCACCCUAGACCCUUCCAAAACACUUGAAAUCAUAAACACAUGGUAUCUGGGUGUCGGCUUGGAAAAUGCUGCCGAGAUACGAUCUCUUAGAGAAGAAGUAGGGGAAAUGAAGCAGAAAUUAGAGGAAGUUGGAAACAAUACCUCCUUUACUUCUCGUGUAAUACAGAAUACUACAGUCAAACGGAAAGGCAGAUCUGGUAUACCGUCAAAGAGAAUGAAGACUUUGAGUACAUGCUUAGAAGGAUUUAAAGGUGAUUUCAAACGAGCUAUGACACGGUGUAUACAAGGAGAUUUUAUUCCGCCCGAACAAGUUGGAACAAUUCAACAAAAGCUAGAAGAUGAUCACCUUGCUAUUGUGGUCGGAUAUGGAGAGAGUGCGUAUCUUUCAACUGUGUUCCAUGCAAUCAAAGAAAUUGAGUAUGAACCAAAUCGAUCCGCUUUACUAACAGAUCCUUCCGACUGGAUUCAUGUCGACCCAGAUGAUGUGCAUAUUGUUGUUUUCAAAAAUCCAUUUGGAAGCGUUGUAUUUGAUCAAAACAAAGCUACUACUAUGUUCAACAAACUAGAAGAUAUAAAGAACUCAUGUGAGGACUCUAAGCUUGAUGUUGUAAUUGCUUCUAAAGGAGAAAUCCUUGACGAGGCAAUGCGAGUGAUAGAGCAGAGGCCCGAUGUCUUUGAUGACAAGAUAGUAGUUUACAAAGGAGGUAGUGCACCAACGCCAUCAAGUCUGAUAGAGCAAACGACAUUAAUAAAAGAGAAAAAUGAUCCUCCUGUAUAUUCAAGAAAUGUUUCUCAGAUGAGUAAAUAUUAUGCAGAAGAUCUUCAGAAAACAACACCCAAGACAAGUGAUACAAAUUAUAGAACGAUUUUAUCCAAACUCAACGAUAAACACUGUGUGGUUUUGUCGGCUACAGAUAGUGAGGGCCUUUCAAAAUGCAUUGCCUACUUGACAGAGGCUUUCCCGACCUUUCUGAAUGUGUCCCACAGGGACGAUCUCAUGCACGCAAAACUCGACAGCACGGGCGUAGUUGUAGUAGUUGACAUGGCGGGGAAAUAUGUAUACGACAUGUUGAGAUCCAACCAAUGGUUGGAGACCUUCGACUUUAUGAAGCCGAUGGUGCAAAAUGGGAAACCAAACAUUGCGGUCGUGAUGGACAAGACGAGGCUGCAUGAGUGCCUUCGGAAAACAGGAAUGCAUUGGAUUUUUCAAAACGUCUUGGAAAUGUUUCCAUCAGGGUAUAUUGUCGAAGUUGACGCCCAGAAAAUUAUCCUUAACGAAGUUGUGAUAACAAACAGCGUCAGCAUCCAGACUGACCUCAUCCUGAGGCACGUGGCCGACAUAGAGCUGGUGCAAUCAGACGGUGACGAUGAGCAAGGUUCCAUAACCGGAAUGACCGUGGUGGAGGACAGAUUACUGGUGGCGGUGGACGAUGAUUAUAAUUGUUUGCGUUGUUUUGAUUUGAGCACGAGUACGCAGAUAUCGAGGUAUGAUAAACAAGUAAACGGGCCAUAUGAUAUAACAACACUACCUGGUAGUCGAGUAGCUGUGACAUUUCCGUACGAUGGUGAAAUUCAUUUCUUCGAGGUGAAAUCUCAGUCUGGAGAGUUUUUGUUUAUUAAAAAGAUAAACGUUGAUUCAAGAUGUAUUGGAAUAGUGUACAGUGAUGACAAACUCAUAGUAUCAUAUAUGGGUUAUAUACCCAAUAAAGUACAAAUACUGGACAUGGAGGCCAACGUGCAGCAGUUGCUCCAGACUAACUAUUACGACAAGAGUGUGCCCAGUAAUCCUCAGUACGUGGCCGUUAGCCCUGAUCACAACACAAUAUACGUAUCUGACCAGGAGACGAACACGGUGGCUGCCCUGACGCGGGAUGGUCAUGUGCUCGGUGUUCUACAGGAUGAAGACAAUCUAAUGUCUCCAUGCGGAUUAACUGUGGAUGCCCAAGGUUGUGUUUACGUGUGUAAUUAUCGUUCCGACACUGUGUGUCUAGUGUCACCGGAGACCGGCUCUGUCACUAGGCUGGUGGGGAAGGAGAAUGGUAUAUGCAACCCGCAAAGUGUGGCGGUGUGUGAUAAAACACGCUGUCUGUAUGUUGGGAUGCCGUUCAGCAGUACCAUUAAAGUGUUCAAAAUAGAAUAAUGAAACAUUCUAUAGAAUGGUUAUUUAUAAUGCUUUGAUGAUGCUAGCAAAAAGUGUUUGUUAAAUUGUAAGUGCGGUUCACAAGAUUAUGUUGUAUCAUAAUCCGUGUGUACCCGAUAAGAAUAAUAUCGUGACAUUGCUUAUUCAGACAAAAUUCCAAACAAACAAAGAAGUUUCACAUUUAAAGUUGUACUCCAUGUCGUUUUUGUUGAUUUCAAACAAAUACUACACGAGCUGUUUUUAUUUGUGUUUUAGUGAUUAUAUAUUUACAAACGAUCAAUACAAUAAAAUAAAAAUGAGUUAUUGAAGAAAUAAAUGAUUCAUCAUUAA